CAGCUAAGUAUCGGCUACAUGGAUGAAAGAAAACCAUCGUAGGUGACCGAGCUCGAAAGAUAAGGAUGCCUUGCGAGGAGGAGCUAUGUGAGCGUCACUAGGAUGCACAAGCUGGAAAGUUUGUACCUUAGACUGAACAGCUUAUCCACGAUCUUUUAUUACGGGCACUGUAAGAGGAACCUGAAUGGGCAGACAAGGGGGGAUGAUCGCCCUAAGGGACGAGCGGAUUAAAUUCCUAUUGCAAAGGAUAGACGUGUUUGAGAGGAAGAACGAGCGUGGCUACGCUCUAGAGCCAACUUUCAAACUCCGGUGUCCUUUCUCCGAAAAGGAGUGGUUCAAUGAACUGCCAGAAGUCAAGAUUGAUUCUUGGGAAGAUUUGGCCCGCAAAUUCUUGACGAGCUUCGCGGCCAACACAAGGAAGAAGACCGCUGAGGAACGACUGCCCACAUCCUCAGGGCAUCGUUAUAAGAAGGGAAGAGACCAGCAGGAUUGGAGACCUCAUGGGAAAGACCACUACGAAGACAGGACUCAUGAGGACAGGAAGCCAUCUCCAUAUUUCCCACCUUGCGGCCCCAAGCCGGUUGCACCAGAGGGGCUCACACCGUUGACGCAUUCCGUCAGCACGGUCCUAGACUACGCUGAGCACCAAGGCCUAGUGGAAUAUGAUCCCAGCAUUGCUCCAGCCUAUUCCGUUGAUAACAGCCCUUACUGCGGGUUUCAUAGAGCGCCGCGCCACGACACGGGCAAUUGUAAGAUUCUCGAGCACGAGAUUGGGAAUCUAAUCUUGGCAGGGUACCUAAGCCAAUUCAUCAAAAAGAGGAAUACUUGGCGAAAAGACGGUGUGAAGAAGCCAGUGGACAACCGCAGUAAGAAGGCGGCAGAGGCACCGCCAAAGAGGAAGGAGAUCGGCUUUCCAAGUGACUAAGAGGAAGAAGCUCCACUCAAGCAGAAGAGGAUGGAGGAGAAUCAGAUAAAUACGGUAGCAACACGGGAGGGGACUCUGUUAGAAUAAGUGACCAACGCUAGAGGGGGGGGGGGUGAAUAGCGUUUGAUAGUAGAAAUCACAUGAAUAAAAAAUUAGGAACGUGAAAGAUAAAGAGCGUAGAAAGCGUAAAGGGAGCACACCAAGAUUUACCCUGGUGCACCACAACUUGUGGCUAAUCCAGCCUCCCGAGAGACUCUCUCGAGCUACACUACUUCCGUUAAGCUUACGGGUGCUUAACAAACCGUUACAACCUGAGAACUCGAGUCCCACGAGCCUCAACAACACUUGCU